CGUCAAAACGGUCAAAACGUCAUCGACGAUUCGACGCGAGUGGUUGGUUUCUCUGCGCCUUAAUUUGACGCUUAGGUGUUCGGAAACCGGUAAAAUAAUAAUGUAAUAAAAAGAAAAAAAAUAGACGUUUUUUAUAACCAAAGAAAAAUUUCAAGUCGUAUUGUCUGAACACUUUUUCAAAAUGACGGACUCCGAGAAUGACACCUUCUGCAAAAAGAUGAGAAAGGCCACCAGAGAAAUUCACGCUGUCAGUGAUGCUCUUGUCAACGCCAAGUUAGUUUUUGCUUUUCACGACGAUUCAGUUUGGGCAGACGGUCUUCUAGUCUUUUAUGAAAUAUUUCGAUACCUGGAAGGAGCAAUGGAUAGAUUAAAAAAUACAAAAGUUGGCCUUCUUAAUGUCCCAGGUCUUCAGAGAACAGAAGCUUUCGAACAGGAUUUAGAAUAUUAUCUAGGAAAAGGAUGGAUGAAGAAUUAUACCCCGAGAACCAGUGUAGUUAAAUACUUGAUGCGACUGAGAGAAGUAGAAGACACAGAUCCGUCUCUUCUAAUGGCGUAUAUUUACCACUUGUACAUGGGUUUAUUGAGCGGCGGAAUAAUUCUUCGCCAGAAGAGACAACUCGUACAAAAAAUUUCCCCCUUCAGAGGUGAGAAUCUGGCUGGCAAUAAUAUCACCGAUUUUGGGGAGUACAACAUAUUUCAGUUGAAAAAAGAAAUGCGCAGCACACUGAACAGAAUUGCGGACACGUUAGACGAAGAUACGAAAAACAAGUUAAUCGAAGAAAGUAAAAUAGUCUAUGCCCUUAAUAACGAAAUCAUUCGAAGCGUGAGAGGUGCGGGCACUGUUAUUGUAAAAAAAAUAAUCUACUUCCUCUGCACUAUCAUUUUAGCCGCUCUCGUCUUCCUCUACUUCUUCAAAUAAUAGGUUCUUAAGAUACUUCCUUUAAAUUACUCAAAAACUGUACAUAUAUUUUUUUAAUUACACAACUUCCUGCGAGUAAAUUAUUACUAUCUUUCAUAAUAUAGUUUCUACAAAAGAUAGGACCAAUCGGUAUAUUGUACUCUAUUUGGGAAUUAUUAUCAUUCUCUUCCUCAAAAAUUGUGCUUUUGGCAAAAAAAAAACUGUAAAAAUUAUUUUCGAAUUUAAGAAAUUUUUUUUCCAGGUACAAUUUUUUUAUAGUAAGGAGCCACUAAAGAGUUUUUCAUUUUUUAAACAAUCGAUUCUGAAUAUGUAUAGUUUUGCAUGUUUAUUAUAAAAAUAAUGUUCUUAUUCAAUCCUUGUAAAUAUCUAAAUGUGUAAAAAUGUUACUAUUUAUAUGUAAAAUACAAUAAAUGUUUUUUGAAUU